CUCGCCCAACGCGAAGCCGCCGGGAUCCCGACUGACCAACCAACCCAAGCAAACCCUCACCCAGAGCCGACCGAGCCCAUCGGAGAAGCGUCAGCCACCAGGCGACGACCACCGAGGAGGAGGAGGCGGCGGCGGGCGGGCGCCAGCGGUGGAUCGCCGGGUUACGAGGCGGGCGGCGGGGGCAACCCGAUGCGCGGCUAGGACGGCGGCGACCGGCGCGAGCAGGACGGGGAGGAGCGCGGCGACGCCUGGCGGGGCACCAUGUCUGCGGUAGUCUGUUGCGGCAAGAGGUCCUCCUCCAUCUUCGCCGACGAGCUCCUCCCGCCGACGUCCCCUUCUUCCUCCCCGAACCACCACCACCACGCGGCAAAGAGGUCCCGCUACUCGCCGCCGCCGCACCGCGCCUUCGGCCGCCGCGACGCGCUCCUCCACCAGCUCCGCUCCUUCUUCCCCGACAUGGAUCCCCAGUUGCUUGAGAGAGCUCUUGAAGCAUCUGGAGAUGAUUUGGAUUCUGCAAUAAAGAGUUUGAAGGAACUGCACCUGGAGUCAACUCAGGCUAUCUUAUCGGCUACUGGUUGUAACUCUGAAAGCGGGCUACACACAGCAGCUCAGCCAUCUGUUGAAGCUAUAACCAACGGUUGUGUGGAUACAGCGACUGAACAUCCGUCUGCUGCAGCUAGUUACCAGACAAGUAAUAGUGGUCCCGAAUGGGUUGAGCUUUUUGUCAGAGAGAUGUCUAAUGCUUCUGACCUGGAUGAUGCACGGGCUCGUGCGUCAAGAGCUUUGGAAGCCUUCAAGAAGUCCAUUGAGGAGCAUGCAGGAGCCGAAUCUGCGCAGAGCUUGCAUCAGGAAAACAUGGUGCUUAAGGAGCAAAUGACGGCCAUCCUCUCACAGAACGCUGUCCUGAAGCGCGCCGUCGCCAUCCAACACGAGCGCCAAAAAGAGUUUGAUGAGAGGAGCCACGAGGUCCAGGGCCUGAAGCAGCUUGUCUUGCAGUACCAGGAGCAGAUGAGGACUCUAGAGAUGAACAACUACGCGCUCACAAUGCAUCUGAAGCAGGCCCAGCAGAACAACUCCAUGCCUGGGCGUUACAAUCCCGAUGUCUUCUGAUUUUAGCUUCAGGCUUGCAGGAUCCAGAUUGAUAAUCUGCUGCUGUAUGGAAAAAGAGAAGAUGAUAUCUCUGGGAUAGAUCUAUGUCGUUGACUGGUUCACCCACCACACCAGUACACCACCCAAGGGGCAAAACAAAGUCCACGAUAGAUGUGUUGACUCAAAUAUCCUGUUGUUACUUUGAUUGAUAGUACGAUUUCCGAUUCAAUAUAUACAAAAGAAAACAGUCCCAAAUCUUAUAUUAUACGACUACGAUGAUUGAUUGAUUGA